AUGAAGCACUCCUCCAACACUACCGCCUCCACCUCCAGCUCGGGGGCCUCGUCCGCAGCCCCCAACCCCACACCCCACGGCUUCCGCACCCAGCUCGGCCACCUCCUCCCCCGCCACGCCCUCUUUCAGGUCCACGUUUACAUCGACCAGUUGUCCAAUGUUCCUCUCAUCGCCGGCGAGUUUGGGGCUCGGUGGAAGUUCAAGAAUGUCCAGUCUGGUUCCGGCGUGCUCCAGAAGAUGAAAGGCGCUCGGAGCUCUUCCGGCAAGGGCAAGGGCAAGGGCAAGGGCAAGGCGGUCGAGAGUGAGACGAGUUCUACUGGUGGUGCGGACGACGGAGGGCCCGACGAAGCACAUUCAAUGGGCAGCGACAGCGCGCACAACGCCACCGAGGACGACCACUACGUGGAUUCCCCACGGAGUCCCCGAGAAUUCGAUGAUGCGCGCGCCCUCGACCUGUUGCACCCACCGGGGUUCCCGACGCCGGUCAUCAACAGUUCGGACAAUCCCUCAUCACACUCGGCGCCGUUGCAAAAGGAGGCGCGCGGGAUGACCCCUUGGGCCGACCUCCACAGCUACACCGUCAAGUGGGGGCACUCCGUCAACGCCGUGGUGCAGCUGGAUGUCCACAGGGAAACGGGCGAUCUUCUUCCCAGUGAGCUCAAGCUCGUUGUCAUGCAGCGCGUCAUCCACGGCGACCCAAAUGCGCCUCAGCAACCGCGCCUAGGCGCAGUGUACUUGAACCUCGCCGAAUACGCGGAUGCCGGCCCCAUCACGCGCCGAUACCUUCUGCGACAGAGUAAAACAAAUGCCACGCUAAAGCUCACGAUCGAGCUGGAGCACAUCGGUGGGGAAAAACAUUACAAGCCUCCGCCACUGCGCAAAGGGGAGAUCCUCGCAUCCGUCUCUGGGAUCCUUUCGAACAACGGUCUCUUCAGCACCCGCUUCGCCCGCGAACUCGACCUCUACGUCGGUGCGGACAAACCGGAACAAGCGGAGUCGUUCCCGUACGCGGACCGAGCCGGACACGUACAAGUCGAUCGCCUUGCCGAGUCGUUCGGCCUCCGAACGACCGAACACCUUAUCGAGGCCCUCUUCAACCCCCUUCCCUCUGACGAGCCAGCACAGACACCGUUCACGUACUACGCCCCACCCCAGGUCGAGCCUGAGCCUGAGCGCUGCGAAUCCCCACUGGAGUCCUACGACCUCGACUCGAACUCUGUCAACUCUUCCGAUCGAAGAUCGAACGGACGGAGAUCAGUAGACAGUAGCGCGAGUCUCUCUAUCGCCAGCACAAGUGAGCAUUCACUCCCAUACAACAGUCACGACCCCGGGAUGGCAAGCGAUGCGGCGAAUAUGGUCGCAAAUCGGCAUUGGUGGCAGAAGAUGAAGAGCCGGCCCAGUACACCGGCAACCUCGUCCCGCGACCUGUUCCGACCCGCGACGCCAGCACCACCCGUGCCCGUACGAAACGGUUAG